AUGUUGAGUAGCAAGCCCUAUCAGUGUCACAGAUGCCAGAGGGCAUUUGCUCGUUUAGAGCAUCUCCAACGACACGAUCGUUCACAUACCAAAGAGAAACCGUUUGCCUGCGAUCAAUGUUCCAAGGCCUUUACACGCAAGGAUCUGCUGGCCCGUCAUGAGCGUCUCUCUCACAACCUCGACGCCAGUCCAGCCAGCAACCAGACACACACACCUUCCCCCGCUAACCCUCCCACCCUGGAAGGGUUAGACUCCUUGGCAUCUGUAGUCCCAACCCAUGUCCAAUCUAAUCGCUCUUUGCAAAGGCCCGAUGACCAUUAUUCAGGAAUAUCGGGCGUACAUCGUCCAAUGCUAGGUCAGUUGGCUAGCACAGACGAUCCUUCUGCAGGACCUACCACCCCAUCUCCAGCCCCGGAUUUCGGAUAUGCUCUAGGUGGCUUCGGAUCUGGAUCAUAUCAUGGUCAUGACUUCACCUCAUUCUUGGAUAGCGUCCCCUUGCCAAAUCAUCCAUUCUCGUCGGCUUAUCAGCCACUCCCGCUAUUCCCACCCUUGAAUUUCUCCCCGGUUCCGGACUAUGAUCAAUCUUCUGAUAGAGGGACACUGACUGAAACUACUCCUUCAACUCCUUCGAGUUCUGUACUUCCCCGGCAUGGUGCUCAGUUACCUUCGCUCCAGCCGGAGGGGUAUCACAUAUCCUCCAAGACACGCCAGCCCACGGGAUUCGUACCAGUCACGGCUCAAUGUCGGGAGAAGUUUUUGGAUAUGUUGUCCGACUACGCCAAUGUGGUCUCAGAUCCAUCGUUGCCGUCUCGACAUGCACUAUCCCGAUGUUUGACCGGGUAUGUAACUGGUUUCCAUGAGCACUACCCAAUUGUCCAUAUCCCGACUCUCGAUGUAGACUCGAUGACAUUACCGCUCUUCUUAUCAAUGGCGGCAUUGGGUGCACGGUAUUGCCGCGAGCCAGAUACCAGUAUGCGGCUUUAUCAGGUUGCCAAGCCAGUGACUUUGGAACAUGUCCGCCGGGUCUUCCAGUCGGGCAAGCUGUCCCCGGCCAAUGUGGCCGACGACAUUGAUACCCUAGAAACUCUACAAUCUUUAUUGUACCUAACCUCGGUGUCGCUCUGGUUUAUCAACAACCCUCCAUACCAUGAGGGGCUGUCCCUUCGCAGUGUAAUGGAAAUGCUCAUGCGAAAAGGAGGACUCAACCACCUACCCGAGCAGGACGGGACAUGGAGUAGCUGGAUACGCCGGGAAAGUGUAAAACGCACCAAACUAAUUGUUGUCUGUUUCUUCAACAUCCAAACCAUCGUCUUCGACGUCCCACCAAUGAUCCUCACAGAAGACUUCACAAUCGAAUUACCCAGCACCGAAAAAGAAUGGCAAGCCACGCACGCAGACCUCUGGCGGACAGAGCGCCUAAAGAGUCCCGGCGAACCGAAAUUCCAAGAUGCCCUUUCCGCCCUAUUUGGCCCAACCAGCAAUGUAGAACGGUUCUCCUCACUCGGAGGCUACGUUCUAAUCCACGCAAUCCUACAAGACAUCUGGCUAAUGACGAAAGCGGGCCGACUACCCGUGUCCCGACGAAACCGCUUCAGCCCCUCAUCAAUGACAUCUACACCGGAGCUCGUCCACGUCGAGCAAGCCCUAGAACGCUGGUGUCAGUGCUGGGAACGCAACCAAGAAUCCUCUGUUGACCCACUCAGCCCGAACGGCCCUCUAUCCUUCACAUCAGCAGCCCUACUCCGACUAGCCUACAUCCGCCUCAACGCGGACUGCGGCUCAGCCCGCCAACUGCAAACCUGGGACCCAGUCCAAAUCGCAACAAGUCUCCGCGACAACCUCUCCGUCCAACGCGGCGACCGUCUCACGCGCGCAGCGCUCCACUGCGCACAUGCCCUCAGCACACCCGUCAAGCUCGGUAUUGGAUUUGUUGCGCACUCGCAGGUGGCGCAGUGGUCGAAUCAGCAUGCUUUGUGUUCUCUGGAGUGCGCGGUGUUGCUGGCAAAGUGGCUUGAGGCGAUCACGGUGUCGGAUCCGGAGCCGAGGUUGACGGAGCAAGAGACUCGGUUGAGGGAUUUCGUGCUUGAGAUGGUUAUGGAAGUGCAGCAUGGUGUUUCGAGGGAGUGGUUGCUUGCUACUAACACUCGGCUUAGUGCUGCGGUUACUAGGUUGUGGGCCAGACUAUUUACGGCGGAUUAUAUUUGGGAGAUGGUUGCUUUGAUUGGGAGGUCUUUGGAUAGUUAUGCGGAUUUGCUAGAGCAGUAG